CCAUGGCUUUGCAGACGCCUUCCUCUCGUUUAGUGGCCCAAAACCCUUGGUCGCCGGGCGCCGGCGCGUUCACAUCUUCCGCCGCCGCCGCCCGUUGCCAUGGCCGCUCUCGCGGCCCGGCUUCUUCGGCGCCGUCCCGUCCUCUCCCCUGCGUCUCUGACCUCCAUAAGUGGUCCUUGGGACCGACUGCACGGCGGUGCGCGUUCGUCACCUUCUGUUGCGGGUUCUUGGGGACGGUCUGAACCGGAGACGCGUAGGCGGAGGUGGUGGUGGUUUCGCCAGCCUGUGAGGUACGGGAGCACGGCAGUCACGUUGGACACGAAAGGCGGCUUCGCAAGGUUCGCGGUGGGAGACCCGGGCUCGAAGCAGAAGGCUGGCCAGAGGCAGCCAUCGCCGGCGAAGAAGAAGAUGUCGAGGAAGGCCAAGGUCAACCAGCUUAAGUGGUACCGCCUGAAGGCCAAAAAGAAGAUGAAGUCGCCCAAUCCCGAAGUCAGGAUUAGAUACAAGCUCGAAAAGGCCAAGAGGAAGGAAGAAUGGCUGAUUGAGAAGCUGAGGAAGUACGAGGUCCCGAGGACGCUGGAGCCAGUUCACGACCCUGAGAUUCUGACCGAGGAGGAGAAGUUUUACCUCAAGAGAACUGGGGAGAAGAAGAAGAAUUAUGUUCCUGUUGGGAGAAGAGGUGUGUUUGGUGGCGUAGUUCUCAACAUGCACCUCCACUGGAAGAAGCAUGAGACUGUGAAGGUGGUUUGCAAACCUUGCCGGCCUGGCCAAGUGUACGAGUAUGCGGAGGAACUGGCAAGGCUCAGCAAAGGCACAGUCAUUGAUAUCAAACCCGACAAUACUAUUAUCUUUUAUCGAGGGAAGACCUACGUUCAGCCAAAGGUCAUGUCGCCUCCUGAUACUCUUUCUAAGCAGAAGGCCUUGGAGAAAUACAGAUAUGAACAAUCUCUUGAACAUACCAGCCAAUUUAUUGAGAAGUUGGAGAAGGAGCUUGAAGAUUACCAGAAGCAUGUUGCUCUAUUUAAGAGCCGCGAGGCAGCUAUUUCUGAGAAAAUCAGUAAUGAAAAUACUACUGUUGAUGGCCCUGCGUGUAGCUCAGAUACAGAAUGAGCCAUCACCUUGAUAUGUUGGCAUGACAGAUCUUUCAACUAUGAAGGGAAAAGCUGUAUUCUUAGAGAGAUUUAGUCACAGUUGGUGGGAGAAAGAAACCUUUUCUUAGGUUUGAUUUA